AUGUUUGAUGAAAAGGAUGUAGGAUACGUUCAAGUACAAGAGGUCGUCGGAUCACUAAGACUGUUAUCUCAGUAAGUAAUUAAUCUUUGAAAAUAGUCGAGAAAAUUAUGAACAUAAUUUUUAAGGUAUUCAAUUAAGCUACGGUAUGUAGUUCAGUGGUUAGCAAUUAAAGUGAACUCAUGCAAUUAGCCUUUCUCACACUGCCAUUUUUGGGUGGCAUUUCAGACGAAGUCCGCGAGAUAAGUCCACACAACAGCGACUUUUUAUAAUUUUUUGGACGAAUUAUGGUAAAUUUGCUUUGUAAAUGGUUAGUUUAUUUGGAAAAAUUGCUUUUCACAUUGUUUUAAUUGUCUGCGUUGGUUAACGAGAAUUAGAUGCAAGUCGGAUAUUCGUCAUCGUGAGAAAGGGUAGUUCGAGAUUUCUCUUAUUACGUUUUAAUUUUGUAGCGCUUUGCAUUGUGGUUAUAGUGGUAUCACUGAUAAAGAUAGCGGCCUCGAAUGAAAAUAUUGAAUGUUUUCGCGAACAUUUUGCUGUUGGCUAUCGCGCACCUGGCCCUAGCUUUUUUUAAAAGUUCUUGCACGGGUCAGGACAAAAGAAAGCCAUCUUGAAUAUCAUUGAUACCACUAUAACCACAAUGCAAAGCGCUACAAAAACGUAAAGGGGAAUCUCGAAUUGAUUAUGUUAACAGUUUAAAUAAAAUAAAAUAAAGAGUGGCACGGGAAAACUGUCUAAUGAUUUUUGCUCUUGAUGAAAAUAAUUACAUGGUAGUGCUAUAAUUAGCAUUUCCCACGGUUACAAACCGUUGUUGGACUCUAAACGGGAGAAAGCUUUGAACGAAAUAAACAAUUCGAUCGACAAGUCAAUUUUGCGCAUGUUUUUCUAUGGAGUAUAGUAAUCUACUAAAGAAUUAUAUGGCUUUGGGUGAACAUCUUAUUCGUGUGCAUGAACACUUUAGUUAUAAUUUAAGUGACCGUGAACUGACAAACAUUGUUAUGAAAAAUGCUUCCCCUUUUACCAUAAUACUCAUAAUAAAGCAAUACAAACCUUAGCCGGAAUGCUGUUAUAUUCAGGAUAAAAUGAGUUAUACUCAUGUUGUUUCUUCCACUGCAAUAUUUCAGGCGUACAAAGACAAGUAGUGGGAAAGGGAAUACAAAAUCAUUAAAAUGGUUUAGCAGCACCUUGGAAGAUUUAGCUGACGCUAAUGGUAAUAUUUCUGAUGAGAAAUUUAAAGACCAGAUGCGACAACCUCAGGUACAUAAUAUAGUCGUAGCUGCAUGUACAGUUUCAAAACACUCAAUUUGAAUUAGUAUCAGUAUCAGUGAAUGAGUACUGAUAACUCAUUUAUAUUAGAGGGGUCCAGUUCUUUCUUUCACUACCACCAUUUCAUUGGUUAACUAUUGGGUAGUUUAAUUAAACGCAUCUGAUUGGUUAAUAGGUCGGAUGGCCUGCGUCCCGAUAUUGUUCACUUUCAUUUAGCAUGUCUUGGAUCUGAAUUAUUUUUACGGGAGCUAACACUUUCAAGCACGCUGAGUUCAAAUCCGAGAAGCUCCCGCUCCGUAGACCCGCGGUUUUCUAACAAACUGCCAUUUUAUCUUCACUAAAAGUCACGACAUAUUUUUUCAUUGUUCAAUUAAUGACACGGAUCGAUGACGACACACGAUUAUGUCACUCAAAAGGACCAAUUUCUAUUAACCGUCAGUCUUCCUUUUAACAAAAGACCGUUUUGGUCGAAUCAUUUUGAAUUAUGUAAUAUUAUGCGCAUGUUGGACGUAAACAACAUAUAUAUACCUUAUAAUAGUUUUGUUUGUGGACAUACCACGUAAAUUUAUUACUGCAGUAAUAAAUUUACGUGGUGUUUCUACAAACAAAACUAUUAUAUGUUUUAUCGCCAUGCAAACAUACAAAGAACUUAUAACAUAUAGGCCUACCUUGUCUACAACUUUGAGAAGGUACAGAUAACGCUUUCUAAAAUCAUCAGUUCUAGCGAUAUCUCUAUAAAAUCACAAGGAAGUUAAUGCUAAGUCUUUUAGCUAUGUCACUGGCCUGAAAAAUAACUCUUUUAACGCGAUCAAGGUAUUUAAAUAGUACGUAACGCGAAGCCAACGUAACGGCAAAGACAACGCUAAAAUGACAUAUUGUCGAUGGGUUGCUGGUAGAAGACUUACGACAGAAACAAUCUUAAAUAACCUUAAAUUAGAAAAGUAAAUGUUCACAUCAAAGAAAAAUAGAUCAGUGCCAAAGUAUAAAAUCUGCUCUGUAUAAACUUAGUAUACGAUGAAGUGGAGAAAUGUGUGCAUGAGCUGUUUAUUUGGUGAUUUCAACGUAGGCCUAUGUGGAAGCCUAAAUCUUUCCAAUAAUAUUCGCUUAUCGCACAGAAUAACACCAACUGAUAUAAUAGUUCAAAUCAAUGAUAAGUUACAGUACCUCUUGAAUUACGUCUCAGAAACUGUGUUGGAAAUUUAAAUGCUGCAUGAUCCAUUACACACAAUUCCGUUUUAUAUCUUUGUAUAAAACAGUUUGAUCGCAUAUAAGGAAUUAUUUCUCAUCCCAGAGACAUAGCCCAAAGACUUAUAACAUUAACAUCCUUGUGAUUUUAUAGAGAUAGAGCGAGAACUGAGGAUUUUUAGAAAGCUAUCGGUACCUUCCCAAAGUCGUAUAGACAUGCAGGAUACGUCCAACGCGCUUAAAAUUACGUAACUCAAAAUGAUCUAAGCAAAACGAUCUUUUGUUAGAUGUAGAGACUGAUUCAUAUAGGAAUUAGCCAUUUUGAGUCAUGCAAGCGUGUGUCUUUAUCCAUCCGUGUCGUUAAUUGAACAAUGAUAAAAUUUGUCGUGCAAUUAGUGAAGAUAAAAGAGCAGUUUGUGAGAAAACUGCGGGUCUACGGAGCGGGAACUUUCGGAUUUGAACUCAGCAUGUUCGAAAGUGUUAGUUCACGUAAAAAUAUUCAGAUCCAAGACUGACAUGCCAAAUGAAAAUCGUUUUCUAGGCACUUUUUGAGGUCACAGCAAACGGCGUAUAAUGGUAAAGGUAGUGGAGUCAAAAUCUGAACCUCUCUACUAUUCAAGGGUGCAUGAUCAUGCAUUUUCUACUGAUUUGGUGGCGUACCGUCCAUUAUUUGUUAUGACUUUCAAGUGUUGGCUUUUAUUCCCCCUACUUCGAAAUAACAUGCUGAUUAUCUGAACUUAAUAAAACAUUUCCACACCUAGAAAAAUGUUAAUCGGACCCUGAAUUUGCCUAUUCAAAUCAUUAUCCAGAAUGGUUUCAAUAGGAUUGACGAUUCUGAAAUUACAUUUCUUUUUAUUGGGAUCUGUUAGAUUAAAAAGUUAUUCAUACGUACAUGUUUUAUUCGUUGUUUAGUUUAUGGAAAAUAUUUUCAAAUUGAUGGAUGUCAACAAUGAUGGUGAAAUCAGCUUAAAUCAGAUUGUAGCCGCCAUGGACAGAAUUGAAUGGUAAGAAGUUACACUAGAAGUUACAUAUGAAAGAAACGCUAGUUUAUUUACUCCACCUCAUGCAUAUUUUGUAGUAGUUCACUCCAUGUUGUUCUCAGAGGCGGCGCCAGGCAUUCUCCAAUUAAGCCAAAAUUUGAUAUUCACGAUCAAUUAUUUAUAUGUAAAUGUAUCAGCAAGUAUUAACCCGGGCCCCCCUUAAAAGGAAAAACGCUUUUGAAAUCCUUACAAAAUAAUCUUUUCAAUCGGGGGUUGAAUGCCGUUUAUGUUUGAAAGGCUUUACCCCUCCCACAGCGCGACGAGUAAUCCCCCCCCCCCAUGUGCAAGUUUGCUAUAGUUGUUCUCCAUUAUUCAUCAGCUCAUUUCAUACUUAUAACUGUAAUGGUUAUAUUAAGAUAAUUUCUCUUCCGCUGUAGUUCUACAACAGAUUCCAGAUGGUACGAAUGGAUUGAAGAGAAGUUCUCGGUUGACAGUAAUGAGUCACGAUUGAUUACUCUUGAGCAAUUUAAGAAAGGGCUUCACAUUGAAAAGGUGAGCUGAUUUCUAGUUUGUUUUGGAGAAGUUAAUUUUGUCAUACUGUAUGGUUCCAUAAAGCAUUAAAAUUGGAUUUGCUGAAAGGCUUCUUACCUAAAUGCGUAAGAACGUCGAUUAACGCCGACGAUUUCAUAAUUAAUAUAUGUACAUCAUAGCGAUGCUCAAUACACGAGUUUAAAGGCAAAAAAAAUCAUAUUCUUUUGCUAUCUAGCAAAUAUAUACCAACUGCAUGCAUAGAAUAUACAAAACUGAACUGUUCUUUGAUUUUGUCUUUCAUGAAUGACAUUCCAAUGUUACUUAACUUACAGCUAAAGUUUAUUUCUUUAUUUUUUUCAGAGUUUCUUUGCUGAACGAUUUUUCUCGUUAUUCAAGACGGACUCCAUUAGCGAAGCUAAUGCCAUUUCUAUGAAAGAUCUUUGUCAAGGUUUAGAGUUGUUAACAAAUGGAAGUCAAAUUGAGAAAUUGCAGUUUCUAUUUAAAGUCUAUGAUAUCGAUGGUGAGUCAUUUCUCAUUCUGCCUGAUUUGUUCGGUAGAAUUAAUUGCGAAUGAGAACCGUACACACGAAAAAAGCUGUGUUAAUCAGCCAAUCAGCGUAAGCCAAAUUAGGUCAAGGCUGAUAAUGAAAACACAGCUAAAAUUGAAUACUCUUCAAAGCUGACAUGAUUAGUUUUAAGUAACAAGACUUGCGAAGGGAAACCGUUGCUCGCCUUCCACUCUUGUCCAUGCACCAAUACCAUGCCAACUAUGUUUCUAAAACUGCCAAGAAAAUCUGCUUGCGAAACACACGAGUGCCAGAAUGAUGUGGUUAGCGCGCUGCCCGUUACGGCAUUAAGCCUGUUAUUGCAAGUCGAAGGCAGGGACUAAAUUGGUUUGAUAACUUUCCCCUUGAAAAGUUCAUGUGUAGUUUGGUUGGCACUACCUUGUGCUUCUCCAGAUUCUGCAUGCUCCCUAAACCCUUAGGCAUUAAUCUUAAGAAUCGCAGACCUCGUAAAUCCUGUUGUAAAACCAGGGGCGCCGGAGCCACGGGGGCAACUGCCCCCGUUGCCGAAACAUUGCGGGGGCGGCACCAGAACUGCGCUUCGAAAUUUGUGCGCUAUACACAUGAAUUGGAAUUUAUAAUUUGUUUUAAGCAAUGUUCAAGCAAUCUUUGCUUAAUUUUAACCAGUUGUAGUAAAAUUAAUGCCAGAGGCCGCGGAAUCACUUUUGUAUAAUUAUGAUCAAAAGCAAACGAUUUUAUGUCGUUCGCUAGCCGGACGAAAAUUUUUGGCCUUUACAGAGUCUUUACUACUGCAAAAAGGGCACUUUCUUUGUAGCCCCCCAAAAAGGCAUUUUUCACUUUUAAAAAAGUGAGGAGGCACAUGCCCCCAUUGCCCCCCCCCGGUUCCGCGCCCCCUGAUUAAUGCUAAAUCAGGCAAUAUACGUCCGUUUACUGAUUUUAUUUUGCGCCCUUAACAUGGUGCAACAAAUAAAAUUGUUCAAAAUUAAUGUCAAAGUUUGCCGACCCACAAUAGCCAUAAGUACUCGGGUAUCCAUACAAUAAAGUUUUAACAAAUAUUGCCGCCCAGAGAAAUGAUGGCUGAGAAGCAGGUGCUCUUUUGAAAUGGCUGCCCCCGCCGCUUCACAUUGCUUCCGGCGCCCCUGUGUAAAACUUGUCAAGGCUUGCCGUCCACCGCCAAGUAGGAAAAACUAAACUAAACUAUGCUUUCAAGAAGGGAGUUAUAUCGCCGUUCAAAUCUGCAAUUAACUUACAAUAUCCUGGAAUUUAUCAUUAUCAUUCAUUACCUCUAUUAUAUAGGUAAUGGUGAACUUGAUAGGGACGAAAUGCGAACCAUUUUGGAAUCAUGUGUAGAAGAAAGCUCAUUAAGUAUGGAUCAACAGCAGCUGGAAGAAUUGACCGAUAUAUUGUUUGAAGAAUCGGACACGGAACAGAAAGGAUUCAUUACAUUUGAUGAGUUGCAGAGUUUCUUGGACAAAUUUCCAGGAAUUGCUGAAAACUUGACAAUCAGGUAUAUAAUUUAUGCAAAACGAUAAUAAAGAUGAAUCAGUUAAGAAACGAUAAUUUUACGCAUAUCUUUCAGAACACAGUUCAUUCUCAUUAUCUUUCUAUUUUUUAGUGCUGGUAAAUGGUUAAUACCACCUAAUAAAUCAAAGAAAAACACCAUCUCUAGUUACAUUCCUAAGUAUUUGACUUGGAAUUACAUCAGUAACAAUCCAGAUCGAGUUGGUUUCAUCUUUUUCUAUCUCCUGAUUAACGCAGCUCUAAUGAUAUGGGUUGGUAUAAUACGAGCUCCGAUGGGUGUCUAUGUUGUCCUGGCCAGGAUUCACGGAAUGUGCUUGAACCUCAAUUGUACAUUUGUUCUUGUACUGAUGUUGAAAAUGUGCUUAACGUGGGUGAGAACAACAUGGUUUAGAAAAAUUCUACCUAUCGACGACCAUAUAAUGUUCCAUAAACUUGUUGGAUUCUUUAUUGCUUAUCUUAGUUUUGGACACACAGUUGGCCAUAUUGGUUCUUACAGUAAGUUAUCUUAUGUCUUCCAAACGCCUUAUGGGAAACACCCGUGAAGUUUUCUUGUCCAUUAUGAGAUUAUAUCAUGCAAUGUUGGUGGAAGUGCUAGAGAAUAUCGUGCCAGUAUGCAUAAAAGGCAUAGGACCAACUGUGAUAAACUGCUCUGGGGCGGGGACAGGGGCGUAACCUUUCAAUAUUUUCAUCUAUGACAUGAAAUAUAGCAUAAAAUUUGUAUAGAAUGCAUGAAUAGCAUUUAUCAGAUCCUAAAAAUAGAAAAACCUUCUGGGAGACCAUGUCCCAGGCCGGUCAGACGAUUAGAUUCUGGUAUAGUCAAGGCUUCAUGCAUUGACAAAUUCAAUUAUUAGACACCUGUACAUGUAUAUUGCAGGAGAAAACCGCUGGACAUGGAGGUGAAAGGCACUUACUUUGACUACCAUAUAAUACCCAAAUAGUCUUGAUGCAUGAAAAAUAUUUCUGUUCUUUCAAUUAUAAGCGAUUCAUAACAAAACAUCAAUUUAUUUCUCAUGUUAGUUGCAAUUCCUGGAAUGAAAGAAGACGGAACUACUGUAGCAGUUUGGGAGUAUUUAUUCACCACAAGAGGAGGACAGGGCUGGUUCAAUUCAUCCGCCGGGAUCACAGGAGUAAUUUUAACUCUUAUUCUGAUCAUCAUGAUUAUUUGCUCUCAACCAUUCGUUCGAAAGAAGGGAUAUUUCGAGGUGAAUAUAUAUAUUUAAUAUAUACAAUUUCGUACAUUUUUUGCAGUAAGUAGUUCGACUCCAACUAAAUAAAUGUCUCCGUUUUCAGCUAUUUUAUUGGACUCAUCAUUUAUUUAUCGCCUUCUGGGUGUUGAUAAUUCUUCAUGCUCCAAAUUUUUGGAAGUGGAUUAUUGUCCCUGGUGUGCUGUAUAUAAUUGAGAGAAUAAUCCGUUUGCGCUGGUUCAACCUGGCAAGAUAUGGACCUACGUAUAUUGAGGAAGGCAUUACCUUACCGUCCAAGGUAUAACUAUUUUAAUAAUAACUAAAAAUAAUUUGCCUACAAGCAUUUUAAAUUGUCUCACUGACAGCAAUUAAAGCAAACGUCAGUUAAUAAAAUGUCUAAAAUUACUACUAUUGAGAACGAUUUCGAAUAACCAAGCGCAAUCUUGUUCUAUUUUCAACACUUGUACAUGCGACUUUUCAUGGAAAGCGGAAGUUUCAUGUAACUAAUUUUACUUAUUAAUUAAUUUAAUUUUCAUAGGUAACACAUCUAGUCAUCACACGACCACCCAACUUCAAAUUCAAACCUGGGGAUUACGUGCACAUUAAUAUUCCAGCUAUUGCACAAAACGAAUGGCAUCCAUUUACCAUCAGCAGCUCGCCAGAGCAAGAUGGUGUUUUAUGGGUGCAUGUGAGAGGUGUUGGUACAUGGACGAAGAAAUUGUACGAUUAUUUCGAACAAGAUAUUAUUAGAGAAGGACGACGUCGUUCUGUAAGUAAUCGUGCCGCCAUAAGACGAGAAAGGACUUUUAGAGCAAAAGAUCAGGAAAGGUAAAAUUGAAAUUUUCUAUUAGAGAGCUUAUUCUCCACCAGGCGAAUAUUUCUGUACGAAUCAAAUCGAAACUAAACGUGACAAGUGAGGACAACAUUCGUCAUGAGUAAAUUGAAAUCGAUCCUCCUCAUUUUACCCGGCGAAUUACCUAAUAGAAAGCUGGCUUAAGGUUACAGAACACCUUUGAGUGUUAAUUUUGCCUAAAAAUUUUUAUUGGUUUCCAUGAAAGCAUUAGACUAGUUCUACUACCUGACCAAGUUUGAACGAAAAAUGUUCAAAACUCGCAGAGUUAUUUAAUAAAAUACAUUUCGCUGCAAUAAGAAAAACACUGAAAAUGUAAUAUUCAAAUUCAAUUUUCUCCCGAAGAAUUUUACGGUAAUUACUGAUUUUCAAACGAGUUGUUCUCCUGCGGGUUUCAGCCAAUUUUUCUCAAAUUUUCACCGGACAUAGCUAAAGACGUCAGUUUCAAAAUAGUGUUCGGCUUUAUUCUAAUUUUGGAUAUUUUAAUAAUAAAGAGCAAUUCACUCAAACAAUUCAGAAAUAUAUUGCAGUCGUCAAAGAAAUCGCCAUAUCAGCGGAAUGACGAAAUAAACAAAAAUUUCCGAACACCAUUUUUUAGAACAACUAUUUUGCUCAUGUUUCGCUCGCUACUCUGGUUUAAAUAAAUGAUUACAAAGCCCAGACUAGCGAGCGAAACAUGAUUGAUAUACCUGGUUGCAGUGAACGAACAAACUUUAUAACUAUUUUACUGUUUAAAAAUGAUAUUUUCAUAAAUAUAACUUAAAACCAGCAGGAGUACAACUCAAAAGCGUAACGGUACCGCGAUUUAAGAUUUUCCUGAAUAAUUCUUACAUUAUUUUAUUGUUUGUUAAUUUUAUAACUUUACCAUACUAUUUUGCAUGCACUGGCGAACAUUUGGCGAAAAUUUGAUAAAAAUCGGACUAAUUUUGAGGGCACAGUAGCGUUUUUCCGCAAAACGCCAAAAAGGGUGUCUUGUAACCUUAAAUCUUAAUUUGUAUGAAUAGAUUUAGUAGGUGUCAAAAACUUCAAAAUUUACAGAAACAGCAACGGGCACAUAGCUCAUGUGGUUUUGAAACCUUGUAGCGUUGUGUACCAUAUACAACCACGACUGUUACAACUAAAUGCAAACCCGCAUGCAUCGUUGUUCAAUUUUAUUGUGUUUAAUAAAGAAGCAUUUAUAAUUUGAGCGAUAUUGUGAACGGUUAUAGUACAGUUUACAUGCCUCAUAACAAUUUAUGAAGGAGGUAUGAUGGAAAUUUCUGUAUAUAUUUUUCUUUUUAGAUACACGGAAGAAAAUCUUGGGAAUGAUAAUGAAGGCGUUGUCUCGGAUGAAAAUGGUAAUGGAGAAAUGGAAGAAAAAGAAAAUACAUUAACUGCAGUGCGAGAAUCUGCGCCGCAGAAACGGAAGAAGUUGAGAGUAAGUGUAGUAUUUAUUUGGACAGAACAAAAAAAUGAUUUUAAAAAAUUAAUGAAAAAAUCAUCAACCACUAAUCAUCAGAUCAGAUGUGCCUAUUGCUUUCGAAUUUUGAUGGUAUAAGCAGUAUAACAAUAACAAUUUAUUUAAUCAAAUUAGAUAUUUACAUUGAUAUACACUAUCUGCAAAUAGCAUUUUCUAAUCAAGGCAGAUAGGGGGGAAAUGAUUUAGCUGAUAAUACACUCACAGACUCGAUUACUCACAGAAAAGAAAUGGUAAAAACAUUAGAAAAUUCGAAGGAUAACUAUCGUAGGCCUGUUCAUCAAAAUAUAUACAAGUAUUUUGUGAUUAUAUGUAUUUUGCCAUUAAAUUGAAUUAUAUUGAAUUAGCACUAUUAUUAUUAUUAUUAUUAUAAAUAGCACUAUUAUUAUUAUUAUUAUUAUUAUUAUCAUUCAUUAUAUUGAAUUAGCACUGGCGUAACAAUAUAAACAUCCUCAACUCUCAUAAUAGUCAGAAGUAAUUUCUUUAUUUCCUGCUUAGAAGUUGAUAAAAUAUCACUGCAACUGGUAGCAAAAAUGAAAUUUCGGAAAAUACAUUAAUAUUGUACGUAAGAUAUAUCGACGUCGGAUGCAAACCAUUUUUUUAAAAAGUUUGCAUUAAUUUAACACAAAAUAACAAUCACUGAAGGAAAACAGAGUAGCUUUGUACGUUAUCAGGGAAGCGAGUUACUUAUUUUCUUCACGUUGCUCAAAAUUAGAAUAAUUUGUAAUCUCUCAUACAUAACCAAACAACUUCCAUUUUUAGAUAUACGUUGACGGACCAUAUGGCGCUCCAUCUGUGCAUAUAUUUGAAGCAGAACAUGCUGUAUUGAUAGCUGGCGGUAUCGGUGUUACUCCGUUUGCUUCUAUUCUCCAAAGUAUUAUGAAGAAGGUCCAAAAUGCCACGAUAGACUGUCCAAAUUGUCAGCAUAAAUGGGUAGGAAUGAUUCCAGAAGGACUACAGAAACUAAGAAAGGUUUGUUAAUGAUCUACUGCAUAAAAAAGAUUUCUUAUAUAAAAUUACCGAGAUCAGCUUUCCGUUUUCUUCACACUAUCAAUUUCUGUCUUUUUAGUUUACGUUAUAAAUCCAUGGAUUUUAGAAUUAUCCUUUACACAGUGCACUCACAUAUUUACACAGUGCACUCACCAGUGUCUGUUCCGUCUAUAUCCAUCCUCAUAAUAUUUAUAUCAAUCUCUUCGCGCUCACACAAUCAAAGCUUGGCUUUUAUCAUCUUUCCUGCAAUUCCCACAACCCUACACUAUCGCAUUAUUAUAUUUUCCAACGUUACGGGAUGUAAUUUUUUCAGGAAUAUUUUUACAACAAUUUAAUCCUUUUUACGAAAGAAAUCAAAAUCUGCUAGCAAACUUCAUCUGUUAUGUGUUUUUUCCUUCAGGUUGAUUUCUUUUGGAUUAAUCGUUGCCAACGUUCUUUUGAAUGGUUUCUGAGUUUAUUGAAUGAACUGGAAGUGGAACAAUGUUGUCAGAGGUUAACAAAGAGUUUCGUAGAUAUGCAUAUUCACAUGACGUCAGCUCUAAACAAAAACGAUAUGAAAGGCAUAGGACUUCAGCUAGCACUCGAUCUGAUCCAUGCGAAGAAUUCUGUUGACAUGAUCACAGGGUUAAGAACGAAGACCUCGCCAGGGAGACCAAACUGGGAUAAGGUAUGCAUCAUUGCAUCAACCAUAUCUUAUACAACAUCAUAUACAAUCAUUAUCGCAUAAUAUUCCAUAAACUGCUUAAAAAAACUCAGCUUGUUAAACUCAUUAAAAAUUCAUGACGAAAAGUAAAAACAAAUCAAUGUUUAAUGAGGCGUUUUAUUCAUUAUUAUAUACAAAAUUCUCCUGAUUUGCAUACACUUUUUCCUGGAUUUUCUCAGCUAAAAAUCAUUUCUUUUUGAACAUUUUCAUAAAACACAACCGGCCUCUUGGUGUAUCUGAUACAAUACGGCCACUCAUGCGGUAUAUGUGACAUAUCGCAUUGUAGUCCCGAUACACUUUAUAUAGACACAAAGAUACAAUGUAAAGAGACUAUAAAGUGUAGUCCCGAUACACUUUUUAGACAAUGUAGCUGCUGCCCAUAUCAGCUCCCCAAAUGGACAAUGUCUUCAUAUCCAUGUACUGUAAUGCAACGUUACGUAACAGGGCAUGAUUCACAGGACAAUCAUUUUCCCACUACUUCAUAGAAACCACGAUCAACCUAAACUGCAUCAUAAGUACUAUUUAAAACACGAGUAGGAGUGUUUUAUCAGAUAUAAAACGCGAGGCGCAAUACCUUAAAAUACGACUAAAAAAGAAUACUAAUUAGGAAGAACAAUUAUAUAAUCAUACUAAUUAGGAUGCACAGUUAUAUAAAGAAUACUAAUGAAUAUGAGUUUAAUCAGAUAUAAAUUCACUCCUGCACGUGACAUAUUAUGGCUGACAUGAUUUGCCACAAGGUUUAUGAAUUAUUAAUGAGUAUUUUAAAGAUGAUGUCCACUCCGUUCUGCGCAUCGGUUCUGCUCAUAACAGAGGGGGACCCCCAGAUAUAAACAUAGUCCAAAUUUUGCAUCUUUCGAACUUUUUUGAAUUGAAAUAUACAGUUUAUAUUCAUUUACAAGUAUAGCGAACCAGAAAAGUGUUAGAUAUUCAGUUAGUAUAUCAUAUUUUACAAAUAUAGCAGUUCAAAAUGUAAACAAAGUUCGCGCAUGUGCACAGGAGUGGACAUCAUCUUUAAGUGUAUUACGAAAACGAAAUUACAGUACCCAGACGACUUAGUGCACAUUUAAAAUUUGAGAAUUAAACUGACGGAUUAAACAGAUCAGUAAGGACGUUGAUAGAUCAAACCAACCGCAAUAUAGAAUGAAACCGACGUAGUGCUAUACUUUAAUUUUUAUGUUUAAUUUAAAAAAUGUAAUAUUGGCAUAAUCCAUCACAAGCCACAUGUCAAUGUAUGUCGAAAACAAUGAGCUUAAGCAGUCCUUGAUUGUACUUCAAUAGAAUUCCGCUUAUAUAAUCCACUUUUCAUUGCUGUAGGUAUUUGAAAAUAUUUCAAAAGAAAAACGAGGUAAAGUGACGGUGUUCUUCUGUGGGGCUCCAGUGAUGGGCAAAGUGAUCAAAGUUUACUGCAGAAAAUAUGGAUUUGGAUUCCGCAAAGAAAAUUUCUGA